CGACCAUCUCUAGCAGCAUGUUUCUGUGAAAUCAAAACAAAUAAAUACACGAAAUCAUUGAACGUUAUAAAUAUGGAAAUUAGAAACAACGAUCCCGGAGCCGUUCAAUAUGGCAACUUCUUCAACUAUUAUCAGUUCAGUUCCGCCGCGGAACGCGUGAAACUGUUACCGGAUGCGGACAUAUGGCUACCAGCCCUGGAGGAUGGAGAAUGCCGAAGGGAUAAACCCUAUUUCAUCCUGGAUGUGGGCUGCAAUUGUGGUGUACUCACUCAACUCAUGCAUAAAUAUCUGGAGGAACGUCUUUGCAGGUCUGUGAAAGUCCUGGGAGUGGAUAUAGACCCUCGGCUGAUUCAACGUGCCACCGAGGAGAAUGAGUCCCCGAAAGAUGUGAGCUACGCCUGCGUGGAUGUCCUCGAUGAUGGUGCCUUUGAAUCCGUGAAAACAUAUAUGGAGGUGAAUAAUCUCGAGAAAUUUGAUGCCAUUUGCUGCUACUCCAUUACCAUGUGGAUUCACUUGAAUCACCAUGAUCAAGGCCUGCGAUUCUUUCUGCAGAAGCUCUCCAAUCUGGCAGAGCUCCUGGUGGUGGAACCACAGCCCUGGAAAUGCUAUCAGAAAGCAGAGAGACGCCUGAAAAAAGCCGGAGAGAUAUUCCCUCUUUUCCUGGAACUCAAGUGGCGAUCUGAUGUGGAUCUUCAGAUACAAAAAUACCUGGAAGACUCUUUGGACCGAAGAAAGAUAUUCGAAUCCGAACCAACUAAAUGGCAGCGAAAGAUCUGCUUCUACAGAUGAUAAUUCAGAUAUAAAGGACAAUGUUAAAUAGAAGAAACCUAAAACUGCUGCGAGGAAUCGUAGCAUAUCCUUUAUUCCUAUUUUUACUUUUGGAUUUAACGAUUCAAUUGAUACGAAUGUGUUUUUAGCCACUAAAUUGGACAACCUUUCAACUGGCUGAUAAGGAAAUAAAAUCUUUAAAGUUACAAACUGAAA